AUGUUGUAACAUAACAAAAAAAAAAAAGUCGACUUUUUUGAUUGUCCUCCUCUCGUUUCCCUCUUCUUUUGUUGUUUUCCCAGUUUACUUGAUUUUUUAUGAAUACCAAUAACGGUCACUUUUGUUCUUUGUUCUAGUGAAAAUAAUAGUUUUACCGAAUCCUCAACAUGUACUCUUAUUCAUAUCGUAAACAGCAACCGUAUCAAGCUGGACUUGCUACCUCUAAUCCUCCUCCAUCUUCCAUUGACGUUAUGCCAUCGUUUCGAGGAGGAGCAUCCGUGCCAUUGUCGAAAAAACAUGCCCAGCCAUCGCCAUCAUCAUGGUUGACCAAUAAACCUUAUGUUCGACAAACCGUCAAUAGAAAAGGACGUCCUUCGGCCGAGAAAGAGCAUGAUUGGGAUUCGGACCCUGAAUUGGAAUAUGCCACUGUUCAGGAAGCUGUACACGUCAGUCGGCAGACACCCGCCAAGGUUCAACACAAGGCUUCCAAUUCAGCCCCAUCGUCUUCCUCAAGUACACACAGUAGGCACAAUGGGCCGCGGCAUCCUGAGAGCCCAUUUUAUUCUCAGGUGGUUGAACCGGUGUUAAAUCUGGGUGACAAAUGGACUUUUUCGCGGAACACACCGGUCAAGAAAUUCAGAAAAGUAACACAAAGAGAAACGUUGAUCGGACGACCGAUUCCAGAUCAAAAUCGAAAAAGACUGUUGCAUGCUUUGACCAUGCAACUGGCACAUACUUACAGCAAGCAAAAUCUCCGUUUCCAAUACGAUGCUCAUCGGAAUCCUAAGCGAGUCUUAACCAAACCAAGCAAACCGGCAAAAAAUGAUGGAUUCGACAACGAGGAUUAUGAUUACAUUUUGCGAGUCAACGAUAUCCUUGGCGACGAAAAAGAUUAUCAAUAUCGGGUCAUUGAUCUCUUGGGACAAGGAACAUUCGGACAAGUAGUCAAAUGCGUGCGGGUAUCGACGGGUGAACUAUUCUCGUUGAAAAUUAUCAAGAACAAACCAGCUUACCGAGCUCAGAGUCGCAUGGAAGUGGAAAUCCUAAAGCAGUUAAAUCUCAAAAUCGAUCCUCAGGAUCAACAUCGAAUACUGAAAUUGCAUCGUACAUUCAAUCACAAGAAUCACCUGUGUCUUGUUUUUGAAUUACUUUCCUACAAUUUGUACGAAUUGAUUAAGCAGAAUGGGUUCAAAGGACUUUCGUUGAGCCUUGUCCGCGUAUUCGCUCUGCAAUUGUUGGACACGCUGGUAUUACUGAAGGAAGCAAAAAUCAUUCAUUGUGAUUUAAAACCCGAAAAUAUUCUGUUGCAAAACGUGGAUUCACCGACUAUCAAAGUGAUCGACUUUGGUUCCGCCUGUCAUGAAGCCAAUCGAAUCUACACAUACAUCCAGUCUCGAUUUUACCGUUCACCUGAAGUAUUACUUGGACUGACAUAUACAGGUGCCAUCGAUAUGUGGUCCUUGGGCUGCAUUAUUGCCGAACUAUUUCUUGGGCUACCUUUAUUUCCAGGCAGUUCUGAAUACAACCAAUUACGCCGUAUCAUAGACAUGAUGGGCUUGCCACCUCAGGACAUGUUGGAUAAAGGGAAAAGUACCCUUGAAUUUUUCAAUCGCGAAGAUCAUGGAAACGGCAAAUAUGUAUACAAAAUGAAGAGUCGCGAGCAAUACGGACAAGAACAGCAAAAGACCGAGUUGCCUGGAAAAAAAUACUUUGAACAGACGGAACUUCCCGACUUGAUUUUAAAAUACAACAGCUCGCGGGCUCAAUCGUGGAAAAACGAGAAAGACAGGCAACGAGAUCUGCAAACAAGAUAUGCAUUAAUUGACUUUUUGCAAGGUGUUCUCGAGUUGAAUCCACUACGGCGCUGGACACCAUUGCAGGCACGAUGUCAUCCUUUCAUCACGGGUGAACCCUUUACAGAACCCUACAAACCGGAUGCUCGAAUGAAGAUCAAUGGUGUACGCAAGGAAGAUGCGGCCCCUUUCCACCAUCAACUCACUGCUGCCAAUAAUGAGCUUCAAGAAAUGCCACCCUCGACGCAUGGUGUUGGAGGUUCAACUGAGCAAUCGAUCGCGAUGGUGGACAUCCCCAAGCCACAAGAUAUAUCUACGAUAUCUGUUAAGCAUCGAUCAAGAGCACAGUCCAUGGGGACUCAGAAAGCGCCGGCUUAUAUGCAAGGUCUUGUCCAAGAUAUACAGGCACACCCGAUCAUCGAUCAUAAAGUGAAACAAAGUACUCAGUCUGCGGCCAGGACCGACGAACGACAUGCUCAGGACACUGUGAUGGUCACCGAUGUAGCCACUGUCAGUUCAUAUCGUCAAAGACAUGCUCGAUCUCAAGGCGAUUCAGUAGGUGUCUUUGCUCCCGUCAUAGAGGAAACGAUACGAAACAGUCUGCUGGGGACGCAGGGUGGAUUGAUAAUGAUCCAAGACGAACACGCUACAUUACCUGUUGCCCCAACGAUCAAACACUGAUCUCUACCACUCGCAAAGUCAAAAUAGCGCCCACGGUGAAAAUUCGUUAUGGAUCGCAUGAUUCAUUUCGUACGCCUGAUCAAAUGCAUGCUAGCGAUCCGCAACCAACCCCGCUUUUAUCACAGAACGGUACUUGGUUACCAGAUGCUCGCGCCAACCGCUUAGCCCAUGCCGCUGCCGGUGAAGCGGCCGGCGGAUUACU